AUGCCUUUUCCGUGGAAGAAGGUGAAGAAUACCAAGAUUUCGCAAUUGGUAACUGAUCAUCUUGACUCGCAGAGGCGUCUCGGCGGACCACCGCUGGUGGUGGAAACCGGUUUCCCAACUUCCCUGGUUGAUAUAGUUGUCAGGAAUCGUCAGAGAUUUAAGAAGUCGUCCAAGAUGAGAAAGAACGAAACCAAUUCUUCGAUAUUGACAUCCCCUCCGCCGUCGCCUUUGUCUUCUCCACCUCCGGAGCUUUCUUCUUCGUCAUCGUCUUCAUCUUCGCCUCUGCCUUCGACCCUUUUGAGUACUACGGUGGAGGAAACUCGUGGAGAAUCCGUCAAUGAGCUUAAAAAGGAGGAUGAGAAUUUCAAAGGGGUUUUACUGGCGGUUUUGAGGAUGUCUUUUGUGGUGGUUUUGGCGUUGGGGACUAAGAAAUUCGCUUUGGGGCUAACUAUGUCGGCAUUCUUCUUGUUCUUUGUAGAGUAUGUGGGGAUUCAUGUUUAUAGAUUGUUUAUUCCCUGUUCUGAGGCAAAGAAGAGGCUGAGAUUGAUGGUUUUGAAAUUUCUCAGAAUUGGGAAGCAAAAGGGAGAGAAUUUAGGGUUUAAGGUGUCCCUGGACCAAGAGGGGCAACAGGAGACAUAUAAGUCAGGUGGUUCUGAUUUCCAGGAUCAGAGAUCGAUUGAUCCAGUUGGCAAAGUUGAGAUUAUUCAGCCGAUGAGAUUCUUGGAGCCCUUUCUUGAAGAUAUACAAUCUCAGGAGAAGAAAUCUGAUGAAUUCAGUUGUGAUGGAAAGUUGGAUCUUCAAGGAUCAGACUCGGAGGUGGUGGUUUUGGAGAAUAAAGAGGAGCACAGCUGUGAAGUUAAGAAAAGAAAAUCACGCAGAGCCAAGAUGAAAACCAAGAUGAAGCACAUCGAAUAUGGGAAUGGAGGAGAGCAAAAAUCUAGCAGCGAUUUAUCAUCCAUUUCAAUUGGAAGCUGUGAAGGGGAAGAGGCAUUGAAUAUCAUCUCCAGUUCUGGUGUACUGCUGGAGGAGGGGGAUGUCGAUGGAGUUGUUAGCAGGGAAGGGGAGGAAAUCCAGAACAAGGGAAAUUCUGGGUAUUUGAUGCUCUGUUUAAUUGUUCUCAUUGGACUUUUUGGAGGCAAGAUAUCUGCAUUGAUGUUCAUCUUGUCCUGGUGCUUUCUGAAGAAAUCUGGUGGAAAGUUAGUUAGAUGCUUAACUUGGCCUGUGAUCAGGUUUUUUAACCCAAAUGCUUAG